CAAAUAUUAACUCAUAAUAGAGGCAUGAUAAAAAUCAAAUUACUCCAAUUUGAUUUUAUCUAAAAGUGUUAAUCCUAAACAUAAUCCAUUAUUCUGUUUUUAUCAAAAUCUCUUAUUCCCUUAUUUAUCUCUCCUAAUCACCCUAUAAUUAAUAUCACCAUUUUUUGCUAUAAAUACCCUUUAAAACCCACCUAUUCUCUCACUCAAUUCUCAAAUAAAAACGUUCGUCAAAAAAAGAAAAACCCUCAAAAAAAAGUUUUGAUUUUUCGAUCAAAAAAACAGAGAAAAAAUGGAGCUUGAUUUGUCCCCAAAAUUGUCAAAGAAGAUCUAUGGAGGUGAAGGAGGGUCCUACCAUUCAUGGAAUCCUUCUGAACUUCCCAUGCUUAAAGAAGGCAACAUUGGAGCAGCUAAGCUUUCCCUUGAAAAAUACGGAUUUUCCCUUCCUCGUUAUUCUGAUUCAUCUAAAGUUGCUUAUGUUCUUCAAGGUGAAGGAGUAGCUGGAAUUGUCCUCCCUGAGCAGGAGGAGAAGGUGAUUGCAAUCAAGAAGGGAGAUGCAAUCGCGCUUCCUUUUGGUGUGGUCACCUGGUGGUACAACAAAGAGGACACCGAACUAAGUGUCCUCUUCUUGGGUGAAACCUCUAAGGCCCACAAACGCGGUGAAUUCACUGAUUUCUUCCUCACCGGUACUAAUGGAAUCUUUACCGGAUUCACACCCGAAUUUGUUGGCAGGGCAUGGGACUUGCCUGAAGAUGUUGUCAAGACCCUUGUCAGUAACCAAUCCUCUAACGGCAUUGUCAAGCUUAGCGAGUCCCACAAAAUGCCUGAACCCAAGAAGGAACACCGUGAUGGAAUGGCAUUGAAUUGUGAAGAAGCUCCAUUGGAUGUUGACAUCAAGGGUGGUGGAAAGGUGGUCGUCUUGAACACCAAGAACUUGCCCUUGGUGGGCGAGGUAGGCCUUGGGGCUGACCUUGUUAGGCUCAAUGGAAAAGCUAUGUGCUCUCCAGGAUUCUCUUGUGACUCUGCCUACCAGGUGACUUACAUCGUCAGAGGUAGUGGUCGAGUUCAAGUAGUCGGGGUUGAUGGUAAGAGGGUGUUGGAGACCAGGAUCACAGCAGGCAAUCUGUUCAUUGUGCCCCGGUUCUUUGUUGUUUCAAAGAUUGCGGAUGAUGAUGGCUUGGAGUGGUUUUCUAUCAUCUCUACUCCAAAUCCUGUUUUUACACACUUAGCAGGGAAGACUUCAGUCUGGAAGGCAUUAUCGCCACAAGUGCUGGAAGCCGCCUUCAAGGUGCCUGCUGAGAUCGAGCAGCAAUUCCGCUCAACAAGGACUUCAGAUGAAAUUUUCUUCCCCCCUCCAAAUUAAGAAAAUGAAUGCCGAGUACUUCUUACCAGAAAUUGAUACUUGGUUGGACUGUUUGAUAAGUGAUUUUUGCAUAUAGGAUGCUUGAGAUUUUAUUUAAUUAUGGAUUCUGUUUUGAAUGUUCAAUAAGAAUUUAUAGACGGUUUUUUCGUGAAA